AUGGUUGCGGCUGCAAACAUCCUGAAAAUCAAACACUUGCCUAGUUUUGCUCAUACACUCAAUCUUGUAGUGCAUGAUGCCUUAACUGCCAAUGAAGAAGUGGCAGCUGUCAUAAAGAAGAUAAAGGCCAUUGUAACGUAUUUCAGAAGCAGCUCUUUAGCUUCAGACAAGGAGACACAGUGUAGCUUAUCUAAGAAGACAUUGAAACUAGUAAAUGACACUCCGACACGCUGGAAUAGCACCUUAAUGAUGAUUAGGCAAAUUUUAGAGGUUGGGGUUGGGGAUAGCCUUGUCUUGGCAAUGAGCUCUCUUAAGAACUCCCCACCACAAUUAUCAGCCGAAGACAAUUCUCUUAUGAGGGAUAUGGUGGAAGCCUUAACACCAUUUGAAGAGGCGACUGAACAGAUUUCAGGGGAUCAGUACAUCACGGCAAGUCUGAUUAACCCCUUGGUUAUUGGGCUAAUCAACCACCUUAGAGAAUUGGAGACGACUAUGGCAACUGAAGGAGGAAGAAUCUUAAUCCAUGCAUUGAUAAGCGCUGUAAAUCAAAGACUCUUCCCUUAUGAAACGAGAACAGUCCCGUCAACUGCCACGCUACUAGACCCGAGGUACAAAGGAUUUGGCUUCAGAGUCCCGGCAAACAUUAUUAAAAAAUGGUUAACUUCGGAGGUGCCAUCAGCUGUGAAUAAAGAAAAGUCUCAACAGCCACAGCUACAAAAAGCUUCUUCCUCGACCCAGAAUGUUGCAGAAGCUACACCUGAGGAGGAAACCCCACCAUAG